CUAUCGAUAGAGAAGACUGAGUGUGCCUAUCGCCACAUGUUCAGCUCUAAUAAAAAAUUUGAAACAACGGCGAAAAAAAGACGCGUCCUUUGCCAGCGUGUUUAAUGCUUGUCUUAUCUUAUUUGCUUUAAAUAACUUUAAAAAAAAUCUAUAAGUUUACAAAAACGGAGUGCUAUUUUUGUGAUUAGAGUGCAGUGAAAAAAAUUAACUAUAAUGACGCUAUCGGUGUUGGCGUCGUUUGACGAUCUUCGACGCUGCAUGCAAGUGCUAACUGAUGGCAUAGCAGAAGAGGAAUUUCUGCGCUUUUUACAUUUGUUUGAAAAGUACGAUGAGAAGUGCAACGGCUAUGCCACACAAAAUGCGAGGCUGCAAACGGAACUGGACAAGUCGCUGGCUAAGAUGGGCGAUCUCGAGGGAAAACUGUACCAUGCACGUCGCAUAAUUGAUACAGAGAUUAAGGCACGCAGACAGGCGGAGCACGAGCGUGAUUCUAUGGAGAGCAAAAUAAUGGCCGUGGCCGAUCUGCUGCGACAUGAACGUAACCUAAACAACGAAACCCGCGACAAGUUGGCAUUUCUACAUACACUGCCAACGGCCUCUGGGCGCAAGCGCAAAUCGCUCAACACCUUGCAUGAAGACAAAUCAUAUGGUGAUAUAAAUUCAACCGGUUCGCUGCUUUCGGACUUGUCUAUAACACACUCCGAGGAUGAUUUUCUGGAUGUACGCCGUUCCAAGUCAUGGCGCGAGCAUCGACCCUCAUUGCCUAAGAAUCCAGUGCCGUCUGUGGGCAACAAGCGUUCGCGUCUCAGCACUGGACAUAAUAACAGCGGCUUAGGCACGCCCACAACAGCAACAACAAGACGUUCGGGCGCAGGCAUAGAUCAUCACACAUUGAAUGUGGGUCAAGGUACCGGCAGCGAGCGCUUUUGUGCAACAACUAAAGUGACAAUUCCACAAGAUGGCCAAGGCGUCAUUCGCGCCGAAUCCACAAUUGAGUCACUGCCGUUGAUGGGCGGGCAUGGACGCAUUGCUGAUGGACAGACUUCGACGCCAAGACGCUCGGCUGGCAAGGAGCCAACAGCGCCGCCAUUAACUCCACUCAAUGCUAUGGCGCACUUGACCAACGAAACUGGCAUGUCGCCCCGGCAACAGAAUCGGCCUUUAAUGCGCCAGCACAGCUUCAACCAAAAGACAUUCUUGCGUGGCGACAACUGUGUGCAGUGCCAGAAACGCAUUCGCUUUGGCGCUGUAGGGCUACGUUGUCGUGACUGUCCAGUGCGUUGUCAUCUGGAUUGUCGACCCUUGCUGACAGUCAGUUGCGUGCCACAGACGGGCACGCCCACAUUAAAGACCAUGAUGGGCUAUCUAAGCGACUUUGCGCCUACCAUUGCGCCUAUGAUACCCGCACUUGUAGUGCAUUGUGUUAACGAGAUUGAGGCACGUGGAUUGACAGAGGUGGGGCUCUAUCGCAUGUCCUCAUCGGAGCGCGAGUACAAGGCACUUAAGGAGCAGUUCUUGCGCGGCAAGGCCACGCCUCAUUUGGGCAAUAUCGACAUCUAUGUGUUGUGCUGUUGUGUCAAGGACUUUUUGCGCUCGUUGCGCGAACCGCUUAUACCAACAGCUCAGUGGAAGGAUUUCGCCAAUGCCGUGCAGCAUCCCGAUAGCAAGCAGGCUGAGCAGGCGCUGUACAAGGCUGUGGCACAAUUGCCGCCAGCAAAUCGCGACACUAUGGCCUUCCUGAUGCUGCAUUUCCAACGCAUUGCGGAAUGUCCUGUUGUCAUGAUGCCAAUUGACAAUAUAUCGCUUAUAUUUGGACCCACCAUUGUGGGUUACUCUUCGCUAGAUCCAGAUCAACAUGCCAUUUACACGGAGGUAUUCACACAAAAGCAAGUUAUGAAGGCGCUACUCGAGCUGCCUGGCAGCUUUUGGCAGCAGUAUCUGGCGCUGGAGCCAUCGCCAAUUGUAGCACCCGGCAGCGCCGUUAAGCGUGUGCCCAGCAACAACAGAGAUAUAUUCUCGCUAUAUGCCACACCUCUCAAGGGCACGAUGAAGAAACGAAAAUUCCAUGGCACCCCACCCAUGUCGGCGCAUAAGAAGUAGCUUAAACUAUAGUUUUUUGCACAGUAUUUUACGUAUCGCAGGCGCGCUUACUUAUAACAAAUACUUAAUUUUUUCUCAUUUUGUUUUGAAGCAUUCAUUUUUUUCGGAGCAGCUGCGUCUAAAAUGUGUAUUUAUAAACCUUAUCCCAAAUAAUGUUUAUAGAACGCAGCGCUUCAGUUUAUAUAACUAAUCUUAGUUGUGCAUAUGAUAAUCUCUCUUGAUAUUGAAGUUUUGCUUUAUUGUAUACAUGUACGUGUAUAAUAAACUAUUGGUACAAGGCUUGAAAUACUCUAUUACCUAAUCUAUGAAUUACACAAUAAAAUAUUGUAGUUGACAUGACAUACAUAUAACUAG